AUGGAGCUGAUAAUUGCCGCAAAUAUUUUUAGCCACAGCGAGGAUCCGUGCGGACAAGGCGUCGUCCGCCGAAACAUGGUCGCCGAGUUCAUUCUGAGCCAGCAGCAGCUGCUGAGCGCGGGCGGGGGCGCAACCCUGGGGCCAGCGCCUAACCCGUCGCGGGUUCCACCACCGCCGAGAGCGCGCCUCUCAGUUUCCCCGCACUUCCCACUCGACCAGCAGUCCCCGUCCAACGGGCCGCCGGGUGACCCGCACGACUACCCCUCGAACUUCGACUUCAAUAAGAGGAAGGACUUCUUCGGGCAGCGCAAGCAAAGGGAAUUCAUACCCGACAGCAAAAAGGAUGACGGCUACUGGGACCGCAGGCGUCGCAACAACGAGGCCGCCAAGCGCUCCCGCGAAAAGCGCCGCUUCAAUGACAUGGUCCUCGAGCAACGCGUGGUCGAGCUCUCCAAAGAGAACCACGUGCUGAAGGCGCAGCUGGACGCAAUCAAGGAGAAGUACGGCAUCUGCGGCGAGGCGCUCAUAAGUAUCGAUCAGGUGCUCGCGACGCUGCCGACUUGCGACCAGGUGCUCUGCGUCACCAAGAGGAGUAAGCUGUCUGGUAACGCGCUGUUCCCGCCGGCGCCGCCGCCGCCGCCGCCCGUGCAGCCCGCGUCGCCGCCAUCGCCGCCGCCCCAACGGGCGCCGGAGCCCUACCAGGAGAGACUCCCCGCCCCGGAGGCGUACUACCCGCACCCGGCGCACUACGAGCCGCCGGGCUCCGUCCUCAACCUGUCCCGCUCCCGCCGCGCCCUCUCGCCAUACGAGCUGUCCUCCCUCUCCGGUUCCGGGGACGAGACAACGGAGCCGUACGCGCCGGAGAACAACUGCCUCCCGCUUAAACUGCGCCACAAGACGCACCUCGGCGACAAGGACGUGGCGAGCGCACUGCUGUCGCUGCAGCACAUCAAACAGGAGCCGGGCCCGCGCUCCUCGCCCUCUUGGGACGGGGAGGGCUCGAGCGACGAGCGCGACUCAGGCAUAUCGCUCGGCGUCGAGUACAGGCCGCAGCGGCCGGAGGACCGCCUCGCCGAGGAAGAGGAUGCGCACUUGAAAGCGGAACUGGCGCGGCUCGCCACCGAAGUGGCAACCCUGAAGAACAUGAUGCACCAGAACAAGGCGCGCGCGCACGAACAC